AUUAUACGAGGGUAUUGUGCUCGUAUAGUUUCGAUAAUGUGUCAUUGUGUCCGUGGUGCCGUUCGUGGGCCUCGGAGACGGGAAAUUGGAAAAUAUCUACGCGCUACGACUCGGGCAUCCCGAAAACUUAGGCCGAUCGUCGCCUGACAUUACGAUCACUGUGUGUCUGAUGCACUCUGUAUCGUCAUUCUUCACAUUUAAAACGUCAAAGUGUGAUUAUAUAACGUGCUAUUUUAAUAGCCUGUCCAACACUUUUCACGAUAAUAUAACUUAUUGUCGCCAUUGUCGGUCUCCAUACCCCCUGCCGGCAGCACCGUGCGCGUCUUCGGCCGACGGUCGACAAUUGCGUCCCUUUUUUUGCUCCGAUGGACCGUGUCUUGUCGGCCCAGAAAUCGUUCCGUUCGGUUGUUUAUCAACGCGUUUCGCCUCCAAGACGACGGUCACCAUGAGGUCUGUGAAUCCGGCAAAGCGCAGUGCGAGACUUACGAGAAAAUGGCAGCCGGCUGCAAGCGUUACAUUAGUAGGAGGAGGAGGAAGUUAUACGACGGACUGCGGAGAAAGCCGCCGGUUGAUAAACGAACGGGAUGCUGCGAACAGUGAUAAACAGCAGCAUGCAUCACCUAGAGUGACAUUAAGACUUACCAACACGGGUAAUAAUCAGUUUAAGAGUUCGUCUGCUCGACAGGAUGAGAAAAACAAGAAAAUAGCUGAGGAACAGAACGCCAGCAUGACGAAUGAUUCAAAAACUGUUGAGACUGAAGAAAAACCAGAAACACCCAAUCAGUCGAUUUCUCAAUCAACUACAAAUGUAUCGACUAGUGCACCAGCAGAAAGUACAUCAGCUAGUACUUCUAAAGAAACUGAAUCUAAGGAUGGUGGCUCAAGUGAAGCAACAGAUACUGUAAAUAGUUCGUUAAACGAAUCAACUGUAAAGCCAUCAAAAGAAGCAGAUAACUUAAAACGACCUUUAGCUGAAGAAGACGAAGAAGUUAAACCAAAAAAACGCAAAGAAGAUAGCCAAAGUUCUAAAGGUAAAAAUGAGGCUUCUAGUCCUAAACCUGAUAGUGAUGAGGACAAAUCUGGUGGUUCCGGACCUUCUAAUGCUGACAGUCCUGGAGGUGGCCCUAAAGUACCCCCAUUAAAAAUUGUGAUACCUACUACUGAUGCAGAUACAGGUACAAGAACAAAUGGCAAGAAUGGUAAUCGAUCACAUCAUCAUACAGCAUUACCAUAUGUUGUACCAUCUGAAGAAUCACCACCGGCAUCAAAUCAGCCUAACUCACCUAAGUCUCCUCAGAAAGCAACUUCUGAUACAAUAGUUGUAGAAGAGCAAAAGUCUCCACAAACUAGAGUAUUACGGUCGUCUAAUAGAUGCGGCAGUAACAGUAGCGGUGCACCAAGUCGUGGUACUUCUCCAAUUGUUCCUGAUGAACAGUUGGCUCAAACUACAUCACCAGCUGCUGUCACAGUAGAUGCAGGAUCAAGUAACCCUUCACCGUCUGCUACACAUUCAGAAAAGACUGAAAAUGUAUCAACAGUCGUUUCUGGAGAUGACAAACAGGCAACUACUACUGCUGCAGCUACUGCAACUACAACGUCUGAAUCUACUGCAACUGCUGAACUGUCAGGCAUAGAGCUACAUCCUAGACGACGCAAAUUAAAAGCUAGCCGUACUGAAUCCGAAACUAGUGAUACUUCAUCUGCUGCUAAUGUUACUACUGUAGAAACUAAUCCGUCCGGCACAACCAGUGAACCUGCUCCAGUUACCAAUUGCUAUCAAAUGUUUUUAAACAUUAGAAAACAAAUUGAUAAGAGACGUAAGAAUUUGUUUCCUGUACAACCAAAACCACCAUCUGGAUUUAAAGAUUAUCUAAUGAACAGAUGCACAUAUGUUUUGGCUGGUAAUUCUAAUAGCCGUGUAGUAAAUACACAAACCCCAUCGCCAGCCAAUUUACACGAACAGUUAAAAAAGCUGUUUGUUGAACAAGAGAAGGAGAGACAAAGACUUCGUGUACAGCACAUAGUAGAAAAAGAAAAAUUGGUGUUGAGUGUUGAACAAGAGAUACUUAGGGUUCACGGGCGUGCAGCUCGUGCAUUAGCUAAUCAGCUUCUACCAUUUUCUGCAUGUACUAUUCUCAAGGACGAUGAAGUAUAUAACAUUAUGACACCUGAGCAAGAAGAAGAGAAAGAUAGACAUGCAAGAUCCCGUUACAAUGGUCGUCUUUUUUUGUCAUGGCUACAGGAUGUAGAUGACAAAUGGGAAAAAAUUAAAGAAUCAAUGUUACUAAGACAUCACAAUGAGGCAGAAAGUUUACACGCUGUACAAAAGAUGGACUGGGGAUGGAAGUUAAAGGAAUUACAAUUAUGUACCUAUAGCUCAGAACCCAAUAUUGAUGAAGAGCAUGUGCCGAUGGUUCUAGUCAGCGACGAUUUCGAUCUCUUGCCCGCUUAGUUUUGUGUUACUCAUUAUCAUAUUGGUACAAUGUCAAAUGGUGUUAAUUUAUUCAACUAAUUUAUAGUUGAUAAUAUUGUUAUGGAUAAAUAUUUUACUUGUCAACUUCCAAAUAUUUGUCAUUUGUAUUCGUGCCAUUUUAUCAAUAAUAUAUUAAUAACAAUAUUGUGUGUUUGGUCAAGUAUUGUUUA